AUGAUAAAAAAGGAUUUACCCACUGGAAAUAACCUGAAAGGCUCAUUACACAUGAAAAGGAUAAGUCAAAAGGACGCUGGAAGCCUAGUUGAUGAAAUCCUUAAACAGCUAGAUAAAGAUGAUAUGAAUAUACAGGAUUGUCGUUCACAAUGUUAUGACAAUGCUGCUGUGAUGACUGGGCAUCGAACCGGUGUUCACCAAAGAAUAAUCGAAAAAAAUAAUCUGGCGAUAUUUGUGAAUUGCGAUAAUCAAUUACUUAAUUUGGUUGGUGUACAUGCUGCCAAGCAGGAUACUAUAAUGAUCACUUUUUUCGGAACUAUUGAAGCUCUCUAA